AUGUGUCGCCGGAGAGACUGCCAUGUGCUUUCGAAAUAUUCUUCUCUUUCUCCGUCUGACCUCUUCUGGGAAAACACCUGUUCUUGUAGGGUUGAAUUCACAAUGCAACUGUGGCUGGUCUCACUUCUCUUCAUCGUUGGCUGUGCGUGCGCGUUACCGACGGUGACACCACGGCAGAUGCAGGGCAACAGCUCCUGCGAUGUGUGGAAGAUCACUAAGUUGAUUGGAGGUAUAGAGGAGAACAUGUUCAUCCAAAAACAGGAAAUGCAGGGGCUUCAAACCCUCCAAUACCUAAGCACCGCGACAGGCUCAAUCAAAGCGCCCGCCAACGGCACACAAUCCGAUUUUCAACUCAACCAGAUUGACCUCGCUGCUACUCUGCAAAAAGCCAUCGCGGUACGAGAAAACAACCAGAGACUGGCCGAUGACCUCGCUAGUCCAAGCGCAAGGGGACUGGCAGUCGUCGCGCAAUCACAGGUCGCCGUGAUGAUCGACAUGAUGAAUUUGAAAGGGGGUGGCGAGAGCGAUUCGAAGAUGUUGGAGGGACUGGUGGGGAGAGUAAAGGAUGCGAUGGCGCAGAAUAGGGAGAAUCUGAAAAUGGCGGAUGGAGGGUGUCGGAGGUGA